AUGAACUCAAUGGUACGAUCGUUGGCCGGACUGCCGCCAACCGUCCCAUACUUUGUGUUCAUACCGGCUGUCAUACUAUACAUCAUUCAAAGCCAGAAACAGCACAUGUCAUACGUGGACACCCAUCAGAUGCUCCCGAGUUAUGACUACGUGGUGAUCGGCGCCGGAACCGGAGGCUCAGUGAUGGCCAGUCGACUCUCGGAAAACCCAAACCGAACCGUACUAUUGCUGGAGGCCGGUGGCCCGGAAUGGGUUAUCUCAGACAUACCACGGAUGGCACUGCUAUUACAACAGACACCCAUCGACUGGCAAUUCAAAACUAUACCGCAAAACAAGUCGUGUCGAGGGCUUAGAGGCCGGCGAAGUCUGUGGCCCAGGGGUCGGGUGAUGGGCGGCUCGUCGGUGCUCAACACUAUGAUCUACUCGCGCGGCAAUCGCCGCGAUUACGACCACUGGGCCUCCCAGGAGGGGGCCGUUGGCUGGUCUUGGGCUGACUUGUUUCCCUAUUUCAUCAAGGCCGAAAACAACAUGGACCCAACAAGGGUGGCCAGCGGUUAUCACGGCAGAGGUGGCCCGCUUACUGUGUCUAACGAGUUAUAUACUUCACGGGUGUCCCAGGCUUUCAAAGCCAGUGGACCAUACGUUGGCUAUCCUAUAGGCAGCUCUACCGGUGCCACUCAGUCGGUGUUUGAGUUCCCACAAGUUACUAUAGUUAAUGGUGAGCGCAUGUCAGUGGCCAGGGCUUACUUGGAGCCGGUGGCUGGUCAGCGGCCAAAUUUGCAUAUUUUUACCAAGAGUUUUGUGACAAAAAUACUGUUUGAUUGCGAGAAACGGGCCACUGGUGUGGAGUUUGUGCGAUGGGGUGUCAAACGAGUGGUGCGAGUGGACAGGGAGGUGAUCGUGUCGGCCGGCGCUGUCAUGUCGCCCAAACUACUGAUGCUAUCGGGUAUUGGGCACCGGGCACAUCUAGCCUCGCUGAACGUACCGGUGCUCUCGGACAGGCCAGUUGGCGACAAUCUGAUGGACCACGUGGCCACUAGUGUGACAUUCACGUUGAACGAGUCCGUGUCGUACGACGUGCUCCGGGAGUCCAGUCCAUGGCAUGUACUACAGUAUUAUGUGAACAAAGACAAUAGCCUCUCGAGCACUAUAUUGGACACAAUGGCUUUUGUGAAGACCAAGUACGCCAAUCAGACGGACGACUGGCCGGACAUACAGUACCACGUGUUGCCCGGGUCGGUCGCAUCGGACUACGGGCUACGGUUGCGCAAAAUCCAGGGCUUAACCGACGAACUAUUUGCCGUAUUCAAGCCCUACUCAGGCCUACCGGCCGUCACAAUCCUACCGACACUAUUGCGGCCCCAAUCGCGCGGCACAGUCCGGCUCCGGUCGGCCAACCCCUUCCAGCACCCGGCGAUUGACCCCCAGUUUUUUGCCGUAGACCACGAUCUGGACGUAUUGGUGGAGGGCAUGAAACUGGCGCUGGCUAUAGCCCGGGCGCCGCCCCUACAGCGAUACAACGCUACGCCCAUACCCGACCGGUACCCCACCUGUGACCAACAGCCCCUGUACUCGGAUGCGUAUCUGCGCUGUACGGCACAGGUGUACACGUCGAUCAUUUUCCACCCAAUGGGCACCUGCCGUAUGGGCCCAAUAGGGGACCCAAGAUCUGUGGUGGACCUACAGCUCCGGGUGGUGGGUGUGACGGGUGUACGUGUGGUGGACGCGUCGGUCAUACCCGCGCCCGUGUCCGGCAAUAUAAACGCCCCGAUUGUGGCCAUCGCCGAGAAAUGUGCCGACACUAUGCGGGGCCGACGCCUGCGCCCAAUGACUCCGCCCAUGUCGGCCACAGUUAUCGCUAAUUUACCACAUCUACCCUAUGAUGCUAUUACAGCCAAUGAGGAUAAUACGGUAACCGAUUGGUCAUCGAUUAGCGCCUCAUUUACGGGUCAAACAAAAGGUGAACAACCGGUGGAUAUCAACGAGAAAUGUCUGCAAUUGUGUCAAAAGUAUUUGUCGGGCGUUUGGACUCAACUGACCGCCGAUCGCAUCCGUACCACUCGUCUCACCGGAGGUCUCACUAAUCAGUUGUAUUUAUGCGAAAUCAUUGACAAGAUUGAGGGCCAGAAACAAAUGGUGGGCCGGGAGGCGGACCGGGAGGGGGACCGGGAGGUAGUAAACGAAGUUGCCAUCCGAUUGUAUGGCAAGAAAUACGACAACAAAAGCUUUGAUCCGCAAAAUCCGCGCUUCAAUGACACGAUUACAGCGGCACUGAUCUCGUCGUUAGGCAUUGGGCCGCGACUGUACGGACUCGACCCCAGCGGACAAGUACUACAGUAUGUAAAGCACCGGCCGUUUGACAGAAAUGAUCUCAAUAAUAGUGAACUUAUGGAUCAAUUGGGCCGACAGUUGGCCCGUUUCCACGCCAUACGAGCGCCCAUACGUCGUGAUCGGUGCGCGCAUUUAAAUUACAUGGCAGUAAUAGCGGCCCAAAUGACCGAACCGGUGGUCAAAGAGCUCCGAGAGCUUUACCAGCGAAACAACGGCCAGACAUUAGACGAGUUUGAUCUAAAAGGAGAGAUACAAUGGGUGUUGAACUAUAUCGGGAAGCAUUUCGGUGACAGUCCACUGGUCUUCGGGCACAACGACUUCCGGGGCAGUAACAUAAUGGUCACCGACAAGGGUCUGGUUCUGUGCGACUUUGACUACUCGGCUUACGCUCACCGGGGCUUUGAUUUCGGUUUGUUUUUCUCUACUUUCCUGACCAGUGAUGACAACUUUGAGGACACCUUUCCGUUGGAACCACUGAUCGAGUCUUUCGUCAAGAAUUAUCUCAAUGAAUGCCAGCGCCUGUCGACCGGUGGCCACAAGUGUCCGGAUGUGCAGAGUAUGGUCCGCGAGGUGAAGGUGUUUGUGAUGUUUGCAUAUUUGCUCAUGGUG